AUGUCAGUGUACGUUCGAAUUGGCCUGCCAGUCUUUUUUACUUUUUUAAGCUUUUCUACGUGUGUGUGUACUGCGCUUUAUGUACACUAUAGUUCGUGUUGAUCACGAUGACGCGCAGAUUUGUCAAAUCUAGCCUUUAAUGAAAUGGCAAUACGAGACAAUGCAUGCGUCUUCGUGAAUGACACGAACUAUAUAAAGUAGACGCAGCUUGAAAUGCGUCACUUUUGUUCGAGAUCUGGUGAAUUAUAGUCGAUAAAAUGCUCAAGUUGUGCGUUUUAAUUUUAAUGUCCACGGUGGCAUAUGUAUAUUCUGCUGUGGCGAUAUACCGUUAUCAGCCUAAACCAGCGGAGUUGGCGGAUCAAGAGGGAUGUUACAUAAAAGAUUUAAACAUGGUGUUGCCAUAUAACGAACCAUAUUAUCCAAAAGGCGAAAAAUCUUGUCAACAAUAUAUAUGUCAAACCAAUAAUGAAACAAAAUUAAAUUCAUGUGGCGCAAUAGCAUUACAAGUUAAUUGUCACUUAGAAUAUGACUACACUCUCGACUACCCUAAAUGUUGCGGAACACCUGUGUGUGACCCGACUACGACUACGGAACAACCGACUACCGAACCACCAACCACAGAAACAUCCGAAACAGAAGGGACAUCCGUAACUGACACUAAAGAAACACCGAAGGGUCCUACACCACCAAAAACACCAACGGCACCUCAGGAACCGAUAUCACCUGAAAGCCCAAAGGCUCCAGAAAGUCCAAAAACUCCUAGAACGAAAAUACCAAAAGUGCCUCACUGGAAAAACUAGGACCUAAGAAUCCAGAAGUGGCAGAACCAUUUGAAGAUAAAAAAAUUAAAUUGUCUGUAGAAAAAUGCGAAUCUUAAAACCAUAUUAUUAUAUGCAAUAGUUAACCAUGAAUACUAUGUAUAGACAGAAUAUAUUGUUUGCUUGUUUUUCUAUUUACAUAAAUCCGAUUUUGUUCUUUUCUUA